AUACUGGCAGUAUGCUUGGGGAAGACAGUGCAAACAACAAUAACAAUAGCGAUGCUGUGCCAACUUGUGGAGAAAGGCAUGGAGGGUCCUUUCUUGGUGAUCGCUCCCCUCAGCGCCCUGUGCAACUGGUGCAACGACAUAAAGAUGUUUGCGCCGCAGCUGCCAUAUGUGUUGUUCCAUGGCAAUGAAAGCGUACGGUGUGAGAAAAUGAAGUUGUUCAAAAAGACGUCGCCUGUAAAGGUUACGUUGCCUGAUGGCAGCUCCGUUACCCGCAACGUCUGCCCUAUUGUUGUCACGAGCUAUGAGAAAAAGAAAGCAAUCAGCAUCGGUCGCGUGUCCCCGCAUGGAGCCAGCGACUGCACACUCGGAGCGUCCAGCAACAGCGCCUCAUAA